UGUCAUCGGUGUAGACAAGCGAUGCAGAUUUUGAACUGAAACUUAUACGAUGCAGAUUCUUAACUGAUGCUUGAACGUUAUAAUUCACUAAUCUAAAUUUGACAAAUCUUCUCUCAGAAUUUGCCUAUAAAUUGGAGAGAUUUGUGAUGGAGUAGGAAAAAACACAAUCGAGACUCGAAAAAUAAAAAAACAAUGGAGCAGACUCUACUUCUCUAUGCAUUUCCAGCUUUUGUUUUGCCAGUGGUUUGCAUGAUGGAUGCAUUUCGUGUGCUUGUGGUUUCAAUGGUUUGUUUGGUGAUCUAUGUUGUUUAUGAUUUUAUCCUGAGACCGAAAUCGCUUCGAGCAAAGCUCGUGAAGCAAGGAGUGAAUGGCCCUGAGCCUACUCUCAUCCUCGGAAACUUUCCUGACAUAAAACAGAUUGGGGAUGAGGCGCAGGCUGCAGGGGCUAAAACUCGCGAUUCGAGUGAGGCGUUUUCGCUUGAUUGUUGCUCUAUUCUGCUACCAGAACUCAAAAAAUGGACCAAGGAAUUUGGAAAAACGUUCACUUUUGCACUUGGAAAGACGCAGUUUUUGUAUGUGGGAGAUCAUGAAUUGGUGAAAGAGAUGAGUACUUGCAAAUCACUAGACCUGGGAAAGCCGGCUUACAUGUGGAAGGAACGCGGGCCUCUUCUGGCCAGAGGUAUUCUCACGACGAGCAAGGAAGCUUGGGUGCACCAGAGGAAAACCAUCGCUCCUACUUUCUAUAUCGACAAAGUUAAGAACAUGGUUGGCAUAGCGGUUGAAUCUGGGAAAACGCUUGUUAAAGCAUGGGAGAAAGUGAUUGAAACUGAGGGUGGGAUUGCUGAUAUAAAAGUGGACGAUGAUGUGAAGACUUUCACCUCAAGUAUAUUCUCUAUGAUCAUGUUUGGCAGAUAUGAAGCUGCAGAAAAAGUCUUGUUUUCUAAGUGUAGGGAUCUCAUGGAGGUUUCUGGAUCACCAACGGUGGUAGAUGGCCGUCCUUUCCACAGAUUCUAUCCCACCAAGAAGCAUAGAGAGCAAUGGAGGCUAAGAAAGGAGAUAUACUCGAUCAUCAAAGACUUGGAGAAGAAAUAUAGAAGUCAGGGGGAAAGCAUAAUACAAAUUCUUGCAGAGGCUUCUAAUCAUGGAGAGCUCGGGUCCUGUUCACCUCAACAAUUUAUAGUUGAUAACUGCCAGGAGCUUUGCAUUGUAGGCCAGGAAGUCCCGGGCAACACUGCAAUUUGGGGUCUGAUGUUACUGGCAAUGCAUCCGGAAUGGCAGGAACGUGCUCGUGCUGAGGUGCUAGAAAUCUGUGGAGACCAGCCUUUAGAUAAUGAAAAGCUUAGCAAGAUGAAAUUAAUGAAGCUGAUAAUUAUGGAAAUUGUGAGGCUUUAUCCGGGAGUAGGAUUCACAGCCAGGGAGGCCUUAGCAGACGUGCAAAUAGGCAAGAGCGUGUGGGUUCCCAAAGGAGUGAACAUCUGGAUAUGGCCAGCAGCUCUGCACCGAGACCCGGAGCUCUGGGGUCCUGAUGCUCUCAAGUUCAACCCGGAGAGAUUUGCUAAUGGGACCCCAGCAGCCUGUAAGAUCCCGCAGUCAUACACACCAUUUGGCAUUGGUCCGCGAACAUGUCCUGGAAUGAACCUGGGAAUAAUGGAGCUCAAAGUUCUGUAUGCGCUGCUCCUGCCCAAGUUCUCUUUCUCGCUCUCGCCUAAUUAUCAGCAUGUUCCCAACUUUGAUGUUCUUCUGGAGCCCAAGUAUGGAGUUAGACUCCUUGUGCGCAGGGUCUGAUAUUGUACCUCAGAAUAAGCAUAACAUCUUUCAAGUUUCAUUGUAUUGUUUCUCAUAAACCGUGUCCUUUCAACAUAUAUGUUGAUAAACUAUUAUGUUGAAAAGUUUGGAUUCUAAUAAACGGUGAUUUUCAAUUUUUA